GUCAGUGUCGCAACGGGAAGUAUUUCGGCGGGAAGCAGUGCUCGUGGUGUUUAUAAUCUAGAAGUGUGCGGGAUUUUAUACAAAACAGUUAUUUUAAAAUAGUUUAAAGCCUACAGCGAUGACUUGUAGAAGAGGGGCUUUAAUCGUUCUGGAGGGGGUGGACAAGGCUGGGAAAACCACGCAGUGUAGGAAAUUGUGUAAUGCUUUAAAGGAAACUGGAAAGUCUGUGGAGAUGAUGAGAUUCCCAGACAGAACAACACAGAUUGGGCAGCUGAUCAGUUCUUACCUGGAGAAAAAGAACAACCUGGAGGACCACACAGUACAUUUGCUCUUUUCUGCAAACCGCUGGGAGUUGGUGCCUUCCAUGAAGAAGAUGCUAGAGCAGGGAAUCACCCUGGUGGUGGAUCGCUAUGCUUUUUCUGGAGUGGCUUUCACCAGUGCCAAACCUGACUUCUCUCUGGAGUGGUGUAAACAUCCGGAUGUGGGUCUGCCAAAGCCAGACUUGGUGAUCUUCUUGCAGCUGAACCACAGCGUAGCAGCACAACGUGGGGAGUUUGGAGUUGAACGAUAUGAGACCAGCGCUUUUCAGCGUACAGUCCAACAGAGAUUUGAACAACUUAUGAAGGACCCGUCUGUUAACUGGAAGGUGAUUGAUGCAGACAGAAGCAUAGAAGCAGUACACAAUGAUAUUAAAGUGCUUUCUCAGAACACUAUCAACAUGUGUGAAAAUACGCCGAUCGGAGAACUCUGGAAAUGACCAGCUCAUCCUUAUAAAGACAAGAUCUCAAACUCCUCAUCUUCAGAGUCAAAGAAACGCUCGAGACGGUCAGAGUCUGAGAAAUCUGCAAAGAAUAAAUCAUCCGUACUCAGAAUCACUAUAAAUGUAUUACAGUGUGAGAACGUAUAUUUU